AUGUCCUCAAACCCUUAUCCUCCUUCAACCUCCGCAGGGACCCUUCAGGCUGAAGAGUUCGAACUUCCUCCCAUAUCCGAUUCAUUCGACAGACCAGGUCCUUCUCGUCCCCGUAGAACAUCUCGCGCAAAGGUUUAUACCUUUCAUCCGAACCACUCCACCUCUAUCCUCUUUGCAGAACCCGAACAACCUGUCCCAUCGCCCCGCAUGCGUCACGGACAUUCACGGUCCUCGUCUUACCCAGAAUCACCUAUCGCCAUGACUCCUCGUAAGAAUAUCGACACCUUUCUUCGUGAAGAGCAUGAUUUCUUUCAUGGUCCUGAAGAAGUGACGGUUCCUGACUUUGGUCAUAUGUUGGGUUUCCUUCCUGACGCAGGGGAAGAUCCUUUUGUCGUCGCUCAAAGUAUAAGGAGUCGGUGGAAGAGGAAACUAUUCUUGCUCAUGGAAGAACCGUCGAGCGGUAGAGAAGCCUUUUUCGUUCAUGUCAUGGUCACAGGUAGCAUCAUUUUUAGUGCCAUCCUCACCAUGCUCUCCACUUUACCCGCCUUUCACACAGAUCCCACUUCCACCCGAGCUCUCUUUGGUCUAGAUACCACUAUCGUCGUUCUUUUCACCAUGGAGUACAUCGCCCGUUCGUUAGCCCAUUCAGAUUCAUGGACUCAAUACUACAGAUGGUCCACUUCUUUCUUCGCCUUACUCGACCUCAUAGCUAUUCUCCCGUAUUAUGUGGAAGUUGCGCGAAAUGAAGACACAUCCAUACUCUUUCGCUUCUCCAUCUUGCGAACAUUCAGGCUCCUCCGUGUAUUUCGGGCUUUUCGAUACCAAAAUCAAAUGUUGCUCACUAUCGAGGUCAUGUACGUCGCCGUCCGCAAAUCAUCAGACGCCCUGGCGGCGUUAUCAUUCUUCAUCCUCCUCGUAUUGGUGUUUUUCUCGACUCUCAUCUAUUUUGCUGAACGAGGAACAUGGGAUGCCACCUUGGGAGCUUUCGUGAAUGCCGAUGGGGAUCCAAGUUUAUUCGACAGUAUCCCACAGACGGCAUGGUUUGCUUUGGUCACCAUGUCCACGGUGGGAUAUGGCGAUGUCGUCCCUCGAAGCUUUCUUGGGAAACUUUUGACCACGCCUUUGUUACUUUUCGGAUUACUGCUCAUUGCUCUUCCUUCUUUUGUGCUGGGAAAGAAUUUUGCCAUUGUCUUUGAUGCCAUGGCUGCACAUCAAGCGAAACACGGACCAAGUAUUACUUCCUCCGCCCGUAAUUCUCUUGAUCGACCAUCAUCCCCUCCUUUGAACAUGAUGGAAAACGCGAAUGGAACACCUCUACUUCCAUUGACCUCUGAACCUCUACCUCCGAUGGCACCAAAGAACCCGAGUACUCCCGCCGCCGCUGGACCUCAGGCGCAGCAUAGAACCCCAGGACCACCAAUGAGGAUGUGGGACGGUGAUGCCGAUCCGCGCAAUAAGGACAGAGAUCUGACCAAUACAAAAUUGGCUAAAAAUCAAUUGGUCUUACUGGAGCAAAUUGCAGUCCUCCAGCGUGCGUUAGACAGGCAGGGAGAAAUGUUGGAGCGUUUGCUCAGCAUCGAAGGUGUCAGAACGAGGAUGAAUGCGAACGGAUCGCUAGGGACGGAAAGGAAACAUCGACCGAGUGGUGGACAGCAAUUCUCUUUGGGUGAUAGUGAUGAGGAAGGGGAUAGAUAG